AUGGCCAAACAGAAGAAAAUGCGAAUCAGAGGGAGCGAGGAAGAACGCCCCGAGUCUGCGGAAGAGCUUGUGAUCGAAGGCACUUGUCCUCUUCAGGUCAGGUCUUGGCUCAAAGUUGAAGAACGAUAUGGAAUAAGCGCUUUGAGGUGGGCUAAUUGCGCCGAAGAUCUUCUCGUAGCGGGAUGCCGAUUGUCUGUCAAGUCGAUAAAGAAAGUCAGGCGGGCCGAUAUCAACUAA